GGAAGCUCACGUGUUGUUUGCUUGCCCUGCGAGCGACGCGGCUGAGGAGAAGGGAAACGGAGCUGCGGGCGGGCGCCCAACCAGGCACCCUGCAGCCAUGACUAUCCUGUUCGCAGUUGUAGCCAGGGGCUCCACAAUCCUGGCCAAACAUGCUUGGUGCGGAGGGAACUUUCUGGAGGUGACAGAGCAGAUCCUGGCCAAGAUACCGUCUGAGAACAACAAACUCACCUAUUCGCAUGGAAAUUAUCUAUUCCACUAUAUCUGCCAGGACCGGAUUAUAUAUCUCUGCAUCACUGAUGAUGACUUCGAGCGUUCCAGAGCCUUCACGUUCCUGAACGAAAUCAAGAAACGGUUCCAAACCACCUAUGGGUCUCGUGCCCAGACAGCGCUGCCGUACGCCAUGAACAGCGAGUUUUCCAGCGUUUUGGCUGCACAGCUGAAACACCAUUCUGAAAACAAGGGUCCUGACCAGGUGGCCGAGACGCAGGCCCAAGUGGACGAGCUCAAAGGGAUCAUGGUCCGCAAUAUAGAUCUGGUAGCCCAAAGAGGAGAGAAGCUGGAGUUGCUGAUAGACAAAACCGAAAAUCUUGUGGAUUCGUCUGUCACUUUCAAAACAACCAGCCGGAACCUGGCUAGAGCGAUGUGCAUGAAGAACCUCAAGCUCACCAUCAUAAUUGCCAUAGUAUCAAUUGUAAUAAUCUACAUCAUCGUGUCAGCUGCCUGUGGGGGGCUAUCGUGGCCAGAUUGUGUAAAGAAGUAGCUGUGGGAACCAGCCAACCGCACAAGAGCACACGUGUAAGAGGAAUGAGCCUCUUAAAACGAACUCGGACCUCCUUGCUCUUCACCCUCCAGGACACUUGAGUCUUUAUGCCUUAUCACCCCAAGCCACAGCCUCCAGGCAGCAAGCAUCACUUUUUUUACACCUACUUGAUGGGAGUUUUGUUUCGCCUUUAACUGCAGAGCUUCCCAAGGGGGAAAGGAAGGCAUUGGGGGGGGGGGGGGGCGCUCUAAACACACUUCUGUAUUAUCAUGCUUUGCACUUUACUGUCCCUGCUGGAAGUGGUGGGGAGAGCUGAAGGUUAUCCUGUUAAUUAUUUAGCCCUUGAGGGGAUAAUGUGGGCGAGGACUGUGAAGCCAGUGGGUUUCUGUUCAUGUCCCCUAGUCCAGAUGCAUGUGAUCAGCUCCCCCCCGGACUUGCUUUCCCAGCAGUGCCUUUCCUAGAUUCAUGCCAGGCUGUGAACUUUGCCUUCGGAGGCUCCUCAUGGGCAUAUUGGUGGGCUCUGCUUUGUGACAUGGGUGAGUAGUAACUGUAUGAUGUUUUAAUGUUGCUGUAAUGUACCUGCUCUUUGUCGUUCAUGUGUUUUGGGAGUCCUGUCCUCCUGCCUGUUUGGAAUAUCAGCCUGUAAGAGGUGCUCAGCUCUGACUUCACCUGCAGGGGGAGCAAGGGGGGGUGGGGGCUAAAGAACUGCUCCAGCCAGCAAAACCCUUUACCAGCCCAGAGCAAUUGCACAGUACACAAGGAUGGAUAUUGUCCACCUGAUUCUGAAUGUGGUAAGGUUUAUGGUGCCUAAGUCACAAGGAAAAGUCUGAUGUCAGGCAGAUGGGACAUUGGGAAAUCCUGAGCUUCUGUUUUGUGAGGGGAAGGAAGACUGGAGAGGAGGUAAGGCUCACUAAAACCUUAAUAUCCUGCCCAUAAAUUGUGUGAAGUCACUUCCAGCAUACAGUGCCCUAAUUGGAUUUGCGUCUCCAUACUAGAGUCAGCUGCUAACACUGAGAGGAGGCAGACAUGUAACUGGAGGUGAUGACUUCAACGAAGUCAUGCACAUUGGACCAGAGGCACCUGGAAAUACGUUUUGGCAGCUUCUGUCUGGAAGCUAUACAGUUUCUAUCGGGCCUUGGAGUAAAAGCACUGCUGCUUGAAGUGGUGGGCAAAGGAAGGUAACAACUAGUUUCCAGGGCAAACCUGCUUUGGAGCGCAUGGGGCAAUUGCAAAUUGAACCGCUUUCUUUUUAAAUGCUUGGUACUUUUAUUAUGGGAGAUCUUAGGGCUUUGUGUGUUAGCAGUACAAGAUAGUGAGCGAACUUUAUAGGAAAAGGAAAUUCUGACGGCAUGCUGACCACAGAGCAGUUGCCUGAUAACAAUGUGAAACGUCUCUCUCCUCCCAGCUUCAUAUGAAUUGCUAUUGAAGUGCAGGGGCAACCCUCGCAGCGGGAAGACACUUCACCUGCCCCUGUACUGCUCUUGUACUAUCUAGUCCUAGUUUUUUCUGUUUCCUGCAGGCAAUUCCUGACAUCUGGACGCAGGUGAGCACUGCUAUAUGUGCACUGCUGUCCUUUCACUGUGCUGCAGAGGUUGAGGCCUCUUGGGGUUGUCCUUGCUUGCCAAGGUUGGACACAGGUCCUGUCUGAGAAGGGCUCUUCUCCUUGUCAAAUACCUUUCCAGGCACAAGUAAAUAUUCAAUUCAUUGUGCAUGUUCUCGGAACUGUUAGUAGUCUUUGUUAAUUUUCUAUGAUUUUGAUUGCCUUUAUGUAAACCUCAGAAAUUGCUUGUUUUUAAAAAACGCACUGAUGCAUUAUUGUAAAAUAAAGUUAAUCUGUUUGAAUAAA